AUGUCUGGCUCCGCAGGCACCCAGACCCAGUCACUACCACCGCCCGCCCUGCCGAAGAUUGUCGCGGAGCAGGCCCAUCCGAUCCCGUCAAGCGACAAGGACACGAAGCGUCUGAUCGUCGUCCUUUCGAAUGCUAGCCUCGAGACGUACAAAGCUUCCCAUGGCGCGCCAGCUAGGAACGGCAAGCCGGAGACAGCCAAAUACUCACUGCUCAACAGCGACGAGCAUAUCGGCGUGAUGCGGAAGAUGAAUCGAGACAUUAGCGAUGCACGCCCCGACAUCACCCACCAGUGCCUGCUUACCUUGCUCGACUCGCCAGUCAAUAAGGCCGGCAAGCUGCAGAUAUAUAUCCACACCGCCAAGGGAGUUCUUAUCGAAGUAAGCCCAACCGUGCGCAUCCCGCGGACAUUCAAGCGCUUUGCUGGUCUUAUGGUGCAGUUGCUGCAUAACUUGUCGAUCCGCUCAACAACGUCACCGGAGAAGCUUCUUAAGGUCAUCCGCAACCCCAUUACGGAUCAUCUGCCUCCCAACUGCCGCAAGGUUACGCUCUCCUUCGAUGCACCAGUCGUCCGUGUGCGCGACUACAUUGCAGACCUUGGUCCCAAAGAAAGUGUGUGCGUGUUCGUGGGCGCUAUGGCAAAAGGUGCAGACACCUUCGCGGACCAGUUCAAGGACGAUUCUAUCAGUAUCAGCAACUACAGCCUGAGUGCGAGCGUGGCCUGCGCCAAAUUCUGUCACGCUGCAGAGGAUGUGUGGGACAUCAUCUAG